AUUGAUAAUGUCAGCUAUUUCAGUGGGCACAGUGCUCUUUAGCUCCUUUCAUGCAGGGUCCCUUGCCAGCUUCAGGUGUCAGAACAAAUAUCACUUCUUCAGAGGUCCCUCUCUGACUACCCUAUCAAAAGUUGGCCUCCCCUAGUUAUUCUCUACUACAUCACCCUAUUUAUUUACUUUACAGCACGUAUUCCAAUCAUCCAACUUCUUUGUGGUCUCUAUCCCCCACUAGAACUUGAGCUCCAUUAAGUUAUUCCAUAACCAAACACAACGCCUGGCAUAUUGAGAGCACUCAGUAAGUGUUGGAUAAAUGAAUCAGUGCCUUUGGGCAGUAGAUGGACUACAGACAAACUGUAGGUUCUGUUUUGGUAGCAGGAAGCCAUCUACAUCGUAUGUUGUCCCUCAGUAGCUCUGGAAAGCCUAGACUAUAAUAAGACAUGCACCAUGCUGCCAUGAGGGUAAUGCCAAAUUGUUACUACAGAAAAAAAUGUGUUCUUAACAUGACUGAAAACACCCACUAUUGUGGUUAAUGUAUUCGGUGCUAUUUUUAAUUAGCUUUUAUGCUGUGUGGAUAAAAUUUGUAAUCCCGUUAAACCAAGAGUGUGACAAGCAAUGAAAAGUUCUAUAACGGAGAUACUGAGCCACAUUUUAAAGCUCUGUUAGAGACCUGUGAGUUUGCCUGAGGUUGAAGAUUCCAAUUUUCUAUGGUCUCUUUCAACUUUGUAAGUAUAAUCCCACUACUGCCUUGCUUUCCACCUGACACUUGUUUUGAGAAACUGUAGGUAGAAAGGAGAAAGGAGUGUUGCUCUUUGAGCCUCCUCUUUUGGGCCAGUACUGCCUAGAGCCAAAUGUCAAGCUAGAUGUCUUCUCGGUGAUGAGAGCACCCACUGCCCGGAGGCAGGGUGACGGGAAUGGGAACCGACCACAGUACCGGUAGACAGGCUGCAUCUUGUCAGUCCAGUUAAUCAAGCUACCCUCUAUGCAGUUGCUUUUCCGGCUCUUGAGCGUUUAGAAGUCAUGAUAAACUGUUCUAGCCAAGUAAGUCACUGCUGUUCACGUACACGCCCGCAGAAGUAACGAAUAAUUAUCAAGAAAUCCCCCAGGGGGCGGUGAAGCGCUACGGAGGAGCGUCAGGUCCGCCUGGUCGCGCGGUCUCUCCGUCUCGUGACAAACUGACACCCAACCUGAAGGAUCCAUUGAAGGAAGUCGGAACUAUCUCUACACCUUUGGGAUCCACGAUGGCCUGUGGCUCCUAGUUCAAGCGUCUGGGCAUAAGGCCUGUGCAUGUGACAUUCGGUGAGGUUAAUUCUGCGUCCCCAGCUUCCCCGCCGCCACUUGGGUGAGUUGUGGGUAUGUCAGCGGCCACAUCUGUGGCCCGGCGCCGGCUAAACCCAGGACGAAUUCUCAGGUUUGACAGAAGUAAACCAACAAGGCGCUUUUCACUUCUUACCCUGUUGUCCCAAAGGUCUCCCUUUUGGGGCAGGACUGGGAAGAAGAAAUAUCUCCACCCGCUCGACCAAAGAGCAUUCAAAUACCGGUUCCUGUCGACUCAGAGUGGAGCCAGUAUCCCGUCGUCCUCUGGCCCGGCUCUGCGCGCUGGAGCCACUCUGGCCAGCGGCCGGCAUCUCUAUGGAUGACUAGGAAUGUAAAGAAGGAUAAGCUGUUUCCUGAUGGCUUUUAGUACAUACUGACAUAUUGUUUGUGAUGGCAUCCGAGACUGAGAAGACCCAUGCUUUACUCCAGUCUUGUAGCACUGAAUCUCUUAUUUCCAGCCUUGGUCUGGGGAUAUUUUGCCUAAUAGCUGACAGACUACUACUACAGUUUUCCAUAAUUCAGCAAAAUGACUGGCUUCGUGCCCUCUCAGAUAAUGCAGUGCAUGGUGUGAUUGGCAUGUGGUCGUGGGCCAUAGUCAUUGGAAUCAGGAAGAAGACUGACUUGAGAGAAAUCAUUUUAGCUGGAUUUUUAGCCUCUGUUAUUGACGUAGACCACUUUUUUCUAGCUGGAUCCCUGUCGUUAAAGGCUGCUUUGACUCUUCCACGAAGACCAUUCCUUCAUUGUUCUACUGUGAUACCCAUUGUGGUUCUGACCCUGAAGUUUGCUAUGCACCUUUUCAAGCUCAAAGACUCAUGGUGCUUUCUUCCCUGGAUGUUAUUUAUAUCCUGGACCUCACACCAUAUCCGAGAUGGCAUUCGUCAUGGCUUGUGGAUAUGCCCAUUUGGAAAAACUUCUCCUUUGCCAUUCUGGCUUUAUGUAAUAAUCACAUCAUCUUUACCUCACAUCUGUUCGUUGGUUAUGUAUUUAACAGGGACCAGACAAAUGAUGUCUUCAAAACAUGGAAUUUAUAUUGAUGUCUGAAGUAACCAUAUGGCAGUCUUAGGGAAUCAAAUGAUUCAGACAAUGAUAAUUAAGGGUAGCCAACAUUAAAAUGAACUAUAAAAAAACAUAUUAGGUACUAAUAGUAAUUAUUAUAAUUCCUGAAUCCUUUUGCUCAGGAGGCAUGUACAAAUUUUUAAAAAUUAUACCUUUGUUGUAAUUAAUUCAGCUUCUCACUUCUGUAACACUCUAGUGCAAUAUUGCAGUUUUGUUUAUUCAGUGAUAUUUGUUUUUAUAGUUUCUUCGGUUUAUCUGGCUUUACUAAUAGCUCUAUUAGAGUAACAUCCAAUUAAGUUUGGAAAUAUAGCUUUAAGGUAGUCCAUUUCCUGAUGAAAAUCAGUUCAAAUUUUAGGGUGACUGAUUUGUGGAAAGUUAACAUUAUAUUUGGAUCCACAUUUUCCUGAGAUAGUGAUACAGUAAAAUGGCCAAAAUAAAUGAGAUCAUGAAUAAGAUAUACAGUGAAUGCUAACAUUUCUUUAUGUCAUUUAUGUUGAUUCCGAAUGAAAUUUAAUUUGCCAAGUGCUUUAGUGAGUUGUAAUUACUGGCAGAAUCUGCUCCAGUGCACUUGUGAGAAAUCAUUACAAUAUUCAUAAAAGACAAUGACUGGGGGCGGCUGGGUGGCUCAGUUGGUUAGAGCGCGAGCUCUGAACAACAGGGUUGCCGGUUUGAUUCCCAUAUGGUCCAGUGAGCUGCGCCCUCCACAAGUAGAUUGAAGACAACGAGCUGCCCUUCC